AUGCAGGCCUUGUUCUGGGAGGAAGAAAACGGUUUUAAUCGAAACACUAAACAAGGGAUCACACGUAUUUUGACCUCCUCAAGAAUAUCAGCACUGGAAAAGCUCCAUAGAUCUGCCUAUUGUGGGAAAAGCAUAGAUUGCAAAUCACAGGUGGUUAUGCAUGACAAGAUCCAUUCAGGAGAAAAAUUGUGUGAAAGUUUCAUUGGAAAUUCCCACCUCAUGAGACAACAGAGGGCUCACACAGGAGAGAAACUCUUUGAAUGCUCUAUCUGUGGGAAAAGUUUCAGUCAGAAUUUCCAUCGCAUGAGACACCAGAGGACUCAAAUAGAGGGAAAAAUGUUUGAAUGUCCUUUCUGUGGGAAAAGUUUCAGUUACAAUUCCAUCCUGAAUUAUGAGCUGGUGAUACACCAGUGGACUCACACAGGAGUGAAACCCUUUGAAUGUCCUGAUUGUGGGAAAAGUUUCAGUAAGAAUUCCAACCUGCUGAAACAUCGGAGGACUCACACAGGAGAGAAACCAUUUGAGUGUUCUGAUUGUGAGAAAAGUUUCAGUAACAAUUCCAACCUGAGGACUCAUACAGCAGAGAAGCCCUUUGAAUGUCCUGAUUACUGUGGGAAAGAUUUCAGUACUAGGACUAGCCUUAUGAAUCAUGUGCUUAUACACACAGGGGAGAAACCAUUUAAGUGCCCUGAGUGUGGGCGUUCCCUUGAGGUUCAUAGAAAGACCCACACAGGACAGAUGCCCUAUAAGUCCUCCCAAAGUGGUAAAUGCUUUAGCAAGCAUGGCAACUUGAGGACUCACACAGGAGAGAAACCUUUUGAAUAUCCUGAUUACGGGAAAAUUUUCAGUUGGAAUUAUGACCUGGUGACACACCAGAGGACUCACAGAAGAAUCUAUAAGAGUGUCCAGAGUCUAGAAAAAUGCCCUUCUGUACUUGUGAAAUACCGGAGGAUAUAUAUAGAAGAGAAACCAUAUGAGAGUCUGGAUUGUGGGAAAGAUUUCAGUACUAGGUUUAAUUUUUUAAGUCAUGUAGGUUUACACACAGGACAGAAAUCUUUCUGA